GAGAGCAACCCAUCUUGUCACGCGCCUGUGAACCACCAGCUCCCGCCAAACGCCUUCUGUCACAAUCUGCUUCAGUUACAGUAUGUAUAUGAAAACAUGGAGCUGUCAAGGGGCGAAGAUUCUUCAGAUGAUCGGAAGAGGUCAGGUAAGGCACAUGGCCGAUGUAAAGGGGCUGAAGAGCACAAAUCUCAAAUCACCACGAAUAAUGGAUUUGUGAAUACACACAGUACUGAUGAAAGCCCAUCCUCACUGCCUGUGCCAGACACUCUGGACAUACUGUCUCCAGGGGUUAGUGACACACUCUCAGAAGGUCACAGACGGCUCCGUAGCUCUUUUAGAAGAAGCAGAACCCAUGACUGUGUGAGAGGAACGGGACAGCAGCAAGCUGAGAGCCCUGGAUACAAAGAUGGGACUAACUGGCGCCAUCACCAUAAGCUGGUGACCAGUGUCAGCUUUUCAGGGUUCGAGGCUCCUCUAAGGUUGAUUCGUGAGAAUCGGGAAGCAUCUGGCAGCAGUCGUGAAAUAAUUGAUUACCGUAACCUAACACCUCAAGUGCCCUUUGUGCCCUGCAUAGCCAAAUCCAUUCCUAAAAAGAGGAUCUCCCUGAGGAAACCUAGGAAGGCCAUUAAGGACUUGUUUGUUCACAAAAGACACAAACACGAGAAAGCUAUGUCACCAAGUACACCAUGUCGUGUUGUAGGUGAAAAUGUUCCAUCAUUGAAACAGACGAGGAAGGCGGUAAGGCACAGAGAACGUACCACUGCAGGAAGCAGAUUUAAUGACGAACUCAGUGAGACUCCCUCUGAUUCUUCCAGUGAAUGCUGUCCAAAUGUCUGUGAAGAUGCUGCUUCAUUAAAAAGCUUUGGAUCUCAGGCUGGUUGUGGUGAGAUAUUUGCUGAUGAUCUUGUAUCACCUGAGGGGGUUCUUAGCCCAGAGCGUGAACCUCCAAAGCAAAGCCCUACUACUGCAGGUUUCCAGGGAGGUAAGGAAUGUCUGGCCUCUCCAGCUCACGCUGAGGUCCUGGACAUGUUUGGGUUGUGGGAAACCCUAAACAGAACUUUGCUAUUAGGGCAAAGUUCAAAAGCACCAGGACAUGCAACAAAAUCCACAACACCUAUCACAAAAUCUCCUUCCACAGCCAAGUCUGAAGAUGUAACGGCAAAUACGCCACGACCUGUAGUGUCCAAAAUCAGGGAAUUUAAUACUGAUGUGAUAACACCCAAAAGUGACAACCAAGGGAACACCAGUGAUGAGGGCUACUGUGAUUAUGUUUCUCCUGGUUUUGAGGACCAAAGCAGAAGUUCCCUCACUCCAGUGCAUUCCAGUAAGUUCCCUAGGGACACGUACAGUGGAGAUGCUCUUUAUGAGCUAUUCUGUGACCCCAGCGAGGCAGAGAUUGAUGAUGAACUCGAUCUAACAGACAGCAUUGUUGGCCAGUGCAGUGAUCUUCCAUUGUCCAUGUACAGCUUCCAUGUUGGAGCAGAGGAGAAUCUUGCCCCACCUUUGGCUCAGGACUUUGUUGGUCAAGAGCUUCUGCAAAGUAAAUGGAUGGGGAAGGAUUGCUUACUAAAGCUUUGUGACACUGAGAUAUCUAUGGCUAUGGGUAUAGUUAACUGGCUAAAGCAUAGGACAGACAAAAACAACCCCACAGAAUUGAGAUCUUCAAAAAUGAACAGUGAAGAUACAAGAGAUGUAUGUCUGAGAUGCGAAACCCAGUCAGCAAGGGUUAGAAAACCAACAAAAGGAGCAAGAACUGUUAACGGUAGAGGAGACACUGUUCAUUUCAAAGAGUCAAUUCAAAAAAGUGUUGGUGUUCUGCCCUCAAAAUAUGAUGCAAAUGCAGUGAUGUCAACCUUGCCCUCUCCAGAGAGCCAGCCUAGGACCCCAAUGAGUGGUGUGUGUUUCAGGAUAUUCAAUAUUGACUCCCCUACGACUCCAGGUGGAGAUUUGCAGUCCCCAGUGGUAAGCUCCCCUGGCUCUGGGACAAGGUCUUUGUUUGUGUUGGCCAUAAACAAGGAUUCUCUUUGUGAAUCUUGCAAGAAUUCCCUGAAAAAUGGAGCUAAAGAAAUGCACCUGUGCCGUUCUUGUAUGUCCCUCAUUGAGCAUAUCAAGACUUCAGACCUUUGGGCUCAUGCCAGUCUUCCUAGAGCCACUCCAACUCCACAGCCAAUAACCAGAGACCUACUUUCUCCAGCCAGUACUUGCGGGAUAAAAAGUGACAUCAGUAUAGCUUCGCUUGUUGAGCAGUGUGCUGGUCAACUGUCUUUUAUGAAAAUCAAUUUAACUCAAGCUCACUCAAGCUGUGAGAUAAGAGAUACCCUUGUGCUUGAGCAAAGGGCAAAAAGAAACAAAGAACAGUCUGAAAAAUACAUAAAAUCAAAGCAAAAGAAAAGGCCAGUGGCAACUACUGAGAGAGGCUUACAGGCUAGACAUCGCUUGAGGAGGUCCAGCUUUUCUGAAGAUGUGAAACCUAACGUUUUAGAGACUGAGGGACUUGUCACUACCAAUGCUUCCAAUGAUUUGGUGUUGGAAACUCAUGGCCCAUUCGAUGUUGGAUCUGGUGAUGCAGACGUAUCUCAAGCUACCAGGCCUACAUCUCUUCCUCUCAUGUCUUCUGCCUCUUCAGAGGACUACCGUGAUAAGGUGGAAGAGGGAAACCCUUCCAAAAAGAAGAAUAGAUUACGGCAUCACAGGAAGUCUGCUGUGAAUAGUGAGGGAUCAUGCAGUGUCUUUCCAGGGGAUAGGAAAGUAGAACGCAGAUGCCGAAUGAAGAAGUGAAACAGUUUGUUUUUACAGAUCCUGAAUUUGUGGAUCCUGACUGUCCUAAACUCAUUUAUUUCAUCCAGUACCUCAGUCCUUCGGUCAGCUGACCUCUCGACCAGGUGUCAAAGUCUCUACCUUUCGUCUGCAAGAAAUCUGACAUGUUUGCUCAUUUUACUGUCAACUCAGCAUGCUACGCUGUCACCCUGGAGCAACAACAGGUCUGUUGAUCUGUUUGUUUGAAAAGUGUCAUUUGUCUGAAACCUGUCAUAUCAGUGUUUUUUCUCUACAUAGUGUUUCUGCAAUCACUGCUAUUUUUUAUUGCAAGUUUAUUGCUGGAGUUUUCAAACCAAGGAUCAGUGACAGUACAUACUAGUGCAAUAACUACAGUAACACUUUAUUAAUGUCCAAUGGACUGUUAUGGAAUUUGACAUUGUGGGAAGUUAUACUUUAGCUUGUUUUUGUGUAUCGAAACAAUCUGACAAGCUUUUUGAAAAGCUCUAUUCUGGAGUUCUGACAAACAGCCAGUUUCUUGAAAGGAUUGGGGCAGCUGGAGAUGUAGCAAUGGAAUCAACUUUGCAUUUUCAUUUGUCCAAUUAAAGUUCAAAACAGAGACGGUUAAUUGUGUAUCAGUGAAUAAAUGAGGUAAAGUAGCCCUUUGAAAGAACGCCUCUGAUCUGGCUGAUGUGACCAGAAUUGAUGAGAGCCCCCCAAAAAGGGUCCAUUCAUACAUAUAGUAGGCCUCUUCACAAAGCAGGCAGGUGGCACUUUUACUUGUCGUCUUUGUCCAUUUUGGAAUGUCAUUUUGCCAAUUCUGUCCCUUUUUCACUUGGUAAAUACUUCAGCUCAACCUAGACUGCAAUAGUCCAGCUAGGGUUGUUAUUGAACAGAAUUCCCAUAAAUACAACCCAUGGUAUGACUAUUAAUCUAUACAUGUCUUCACAUCUAUCUUUCAGCUGACAGUUAACUGCUUAAAAAUAGACGUCUGUACAUCUAUAUUUUGAACUUAACUUCAAGUCAUUUAUAUAUACGGUCUUAAUGGUUAUGUAUGUAUAUAUGAAUUAGGGGUGGGAUAUACACCGGUAGACACUAUUAAACUGUAGAAAUGUGUCAAUCGGUACAGAUAUUGGACUAUCGUUUCUAUCACAGUGACGUGCUCAUGUGAUGUUGCUGUACUACAUGGUCAUGAAAACUUAUCGUUUGCACGCAUUGCAGUUUAAAAACAAGUGAUAUUAAGCACUGUUAGAAAAGGGCACUUGAAGAUGAUGCUCAUAAAGUAAGUAUUGAAUGGAGUUAUUUUUGCUAUUUUAUAGGCCUGGAACAGUUAAAUACACACACUGGUAUAUAUCAAAAUGCCGUCUUUGCAAGUGUCCUGAUAAACACUGUAAUUUAAGUCUUAAGUGAAAAGCAAACAGCUGAGAAAGAAAGCACAUGUGUAACAGUAUAUUGGAUCCGGGCAGCUCUUAAAGUGACAGCCGUCUAAUAUUCCCGCUGUCUGUCAUUCAUGUUAAUCAAACAACAGAAGGGAGAAAAUCUCUCUCUGCUUUUGAAUACAUCACUUUUGUAACUUUAAUAAGAAGAAAUAUGUAUUUAAUUUACAAUAGUGAAGAAUAUGCAGUUUUUUAUUUAUUUGAUUAUACAAUGUAGCAUUUUUAUUCAAUUGUUCUUCUGUAGUUUUUUUUUUGUCCUUAAUUUCUUAUUUAAUCACUGAGGUUGUUUUUUAUUUUAUUUUUUUAAUGUAGGUUAGCAUUAGUUUUUUUAUAUUGAAGAAUAAAUGACAUUUUUGUAGUAUAUAUAUAUAUAUAUAUAUAUAUAUAUAUAUAUUUAAAAAAAGUAGCUAAAGACCUCAUUUAAAGCAAAAAUAAUUAUAGCGUGAUAUAUUGUUACUGUUCAAUAAAAUUACUCUUAUCGUGAUAUAAGAUUUUGUUCAUAUCACCCACCCCUAAUAUGAAUAAAACCAAAAUUUGAAAAGAUAAAGUCAGGUACCAAAGAAUUUGUACCUUUAGAAGUGGCCUAUAUACUGUAUGCAGUAUGCACGCAAUCCUUGCUCUAAACAAAUGUAAGCCAAAGGGUCUUUUCGAAGAAGCCCUUUCUGCUAUAACCUGAGCAGCUAUUAGUAAAGUAUUAUAUUUCAGGGCCUCAACCUGUUUUCCAUUAGAUCAGCAUCAGCCAUAACAACAUCUGGUACAGAGUUGGUGUCAGUAAUGAAUGCAGUGAUAAUCCUCAAUAAAAGCACUCUAGUUUGACAUUGACAGUUAAAAAUGUAAGCACUGAACAGAAGCUUUUCAGAUAGCUUACUUUUUCUCAUAUUGUUUGAUAUAAUUAGGGAAGUUGUUUUAUCUGUGCUGUAUUCAUUGUACAAAUGUAAUUAUAUUACUUCUCAGGACAAGCUGUGUCAAAAUCCAAGAAUUCGAUAACAGAUAAUAGCAUGUAAGGUUUGAACCACUGAAAAUAUCCUAAUAAUAUGAAUGACUAUAUUGCAAAACGAAUGUGUUGCAUGAAUCUGUAGACUAUAUUAACUAUGUAAAGUGUUGAUUUUGUUGGAAUGGAAUAGUAAUUAGGUUAUUUUGUCACCUCUUAGUGCCAUUAUAUUCUUUUCAAGACAGGGCAGCUGACAAUUAUCGUAGUUCUGUGCAAUAUAUAUAUUGAUGUACUUGCCUUUGUCACUGAGUAUUAAUAAAAACUUAUUUAUGAAUCCA